AAACGCUCUCAAAAACUCCAUGGAGAGUCGCCGGAAAAGGAGUGGCUCCGGUGACAUCUUCUCAUUUCCGAGCACACCCACUCCCGACCAAGACUCCGACGACUUCGAGUUCGGUUCUAUUACACCGGACUCUCCCUCCACCGACCCCUACAAAAACUCUCCGGCUGACCAUUUGUUCUUCAAUGGCCGGCUCUUGCCGCAUUCUUUUCCUAUUCAACCGCCGAAUAUCUCCGUCGAUAACUCCCGUACAACUAGCCGAACGAGCAGCAUUAGCAGCAAGGACUCCCUGAGAUCGUCACGGAGUAAUAGCACGAACAGUAGGAGCAGCAGUUGCAGCAGCGGAAGAACAAGCUCAAGUGAUAAUUCUGAGAGAAAAUUGUUGUAUCAGAGCAAAUUUUCAUCCACAACACCCGGGGUUAGAGACAGAUACCAAGCUCAAGUAUACGGGUCGUCUCAAAGGUGGCAAUAUAUUACGCCUGUACCAUUUUUGAGCCGUGAGCCUUCGAGAAGAAAGAAAAUGGAGGUGGUGGGGAAAGAAGGAAUAUCAAAGAAACAAGCAAAAAAGGAGAGGAAAGAGGCAGGCUCGUGGCCGGCAGGGAGGAGAUUCUUUUGGUGGUUUGUCUCAGCCUGCAAAGAAUGCCAUGCCAUGGAACCAUCGAGGAAAGAUGAUGUGUACCUGCGAGGAAACCUCAAGUUACAAUAAUUUUCUACUUUUGAUUUGAUUUUUGAGCAUCAUGUUUAAUUACUUGGUUUUGUAAUCUGAUCGAGAAGAGAGAUUCCAUCAUUGGUGUGUUUUUAAUGUUGUUUUCUUUUUUUCUUUUUUAGAUGAUCAAUUGAGAUCACUAAGUAGCAAAGAGCAUUUGUAAAGGGUUUUGUAAACUAUUGUAAUUGAGGUAACUGUACGUGGAGGCUUAUAUGGUAUAUGAUUGUGAGA